AUGACCCACAGCUUUCACGUCAAAGUGCCGAGUGCUUGGCGGAAGAACAGUGGCUACCUAUUUUUAACUGACUUAGUGAAUAUCAACAUCUCAAAUAUCGCAGAGGAAACCAAGCAUGUGUCUGAUUUGGCUAUUGUUCUCCGCAAUAAUAAAACUCUGGCCCUGAUAGGAAAAUGGGGAAGUGGGAAGAGAACAUUAGCGGUGCAAAUAGCCCUAGAAAUGGAGAAGGUGUUAAAUGAUAAAUUUAAGUUUAAAGUUAUCCAUAAUUUUGACGAGACGUGUGGGCCCAGUAUUUCCGGAUUAUCCCAACCAACUGUUAUAAUACUUCCGGAUUUGUAUAAAUUUUGGAGAACUGAUCAGCACAGUGAAGACGUUAUCAACACUUUAAUUCGUAUCAGAUCAAUCACCAAGGAUAGAAAGUUGUACAUUGUAGCUACAUUUACAGAAAACGCAUGGGAAUCAUUUGCAGAAUACUUUCCGAAUAAGAAUGUUGACGAUCUUUUUCCACGAAGAAUGAGCAUCAAUCUAUCGCCAAAAACAUUGUCGGAAAUUGGUAGGAAAAAUCAAGUUGUUUUGAAGGAGGCAGCAAUCAAAGAACUACUUUGCGUAAGAGGUGUUUUGGGAAAGCCUCUUAUAACUUUUUUGUUUUGCAAAUAUCCGGUUUAUAGAAAUCCACAAUUUUUAAGGUUACCACUGUUUUCCAUUUUGUCUGAAUUGAGACGCAUGAGAAAUUCAUCUGAUGACCGCAAGAAAUUCCGAGUACUGGAAUACACCAUGUUACAUGGUGGAGAGGUAGAGAUAGAGAAACUAGAAAAUGAUAUAGAUCAUCCUUUGUUUGACGUAAUAAACAAUGUUGAUGAUAGGAAAGCAUAUAUCUCGGAUUACAUUACACAGCUUCUUAACGGAUACAUGGAGAAAACGAAAAAAUCCUAUAGAAUUCUACACGAUGUAAUCACAAAGUGUGUAUUCCUUGUCGCUGCUGAAAGAGAACCAGAAAUAAUGUUUAAGGAAUGUGAUUGUUUUCUUUUAUUUGAUCGUAUUCGUCAGAAAUCCAGGAUGGAAAAAAUAUGGGAGAGAGGCAAAUUUUCAUGUGAUGACAAUUCAUUGACUAUGGGCAUUCCAACAGAAUCAUUUCCAAUAGUUGUUAAAGCUUUCAAGCACAGAAAAGAAAUUAUGCCGAUGCUAAGGAAUGUGAAAUUGUUUAAUGAUAUAGAUUUUCAAAGAGUGUGGAAUAAGAUUCAAUAA